GAUAGGGAAUAUAUUCUCCCAAAACUUGAUUUUGAAUUUCUGAAAUUAGACUUCUCUACUCCUUGUAACAUUCUCCAAAGACAAAAUACAAAGUAUAUGCAGACAUAAUCACCAACCCUUAAAUUACAAAACAAGACAUUUUUUACGUAUUGGAAAUAUUAAUUUUUUUUUUUUUUGAGACGAGUCUCACUCUGUCGCCCAGUCUGGAGUGCAGUGUCACUGCAACCUCCGCCUCAAGGGUUCAGGCGAUUCUCUUGCCUCAGCCUCCCUUGUAGUCGGGUCUACAGGCAAGUGCCACCACGCCCAGCUAACUUUUUAAAAAUAUUUUUUUAGUAGAGAUGGGGUUUCACCAUGGUAGCCAGGAUGGUCUUGAUCUGACCUCGUAAUCUAUCCACCUCGGCCUCCCAAAGUGCCGGGAUUACAGACGUGAGCCACCCUGCCCGGCCUGAAAUUGUUCUUAAAUAACCAGCCACUUCUCUGUUGAUUACACUGUAAUGCCAGUGAAGAUGCAGGGGGAGACACACCCUAGUGCUUCCCUUAUUGACAGAACCAUCAAGAUGAGGAAAGAAACAGAGGCUAGGAAAGUGGUUUUGGCCUGGGGACUCCUAAAUGUAUCUAUGGCUGGUAUGAUAUAUACUGAAAUGACUGGAAAAUUGAUUAGUUCAUAUUACAGUGUGACAUACUGGCCCCUCUGGUAUAUUGAGCUUGCCCUUGCAUCUCUCUUCAGCCUUAAUGCCUUAUUUGAUUUUUGGAGAUAUUUUAAAUAUACUGUGGCACCAACAAGUCUGGUUGUUAGUCCUGGACAGCAAACACUUUUAGGGUUGAAAACAGCUGUUGUACAGACUACUCCUCCACAUGAUCUGGCAGCAACCCAGAUCCCUCCCUCUCCACCUUCCCCUUCAAUUCAGGGUCAGAGUGUGUUGAGUUAUAGCCCAUCUCGUUCGCCCAGUACCAGUCCCAAGUUCACCACCAGCUGUAUGACUGGUUACAGCCCUCAGCUGCAAAGUCUGUCCUCAGGUGGCAGUGGUUCUUAUAGCCCUGGAGUGACCUACUCGCCCAUCAGUGGUUACAAUAAGUUGGCGAGCUUUAGCCCUUCUCCUCCUCCUCCUCCGUACCCUACCACUGUUGGACCAGUAGAGAGCAGUGGAUUGAGAUCUCGAUACCGUUCUUCACCCACCGUCUACAAUUCACCCACUGACAAACAAGACUACAUGACCGACCUACGAACUUUGGAUACUUUCCUUAGAAGUGAAGAAGAGAAACAGCAUAGGGUUAAGCUGGGGAGCCCAGAUUCCACCUCUCCUUCCAGCAGUCCUACUUUCUGGAACUACAGUCGUUCUAUGGGGGAUUAUGCACAAACUUUAAAGAAGUAUCAGUAUCAGCUUGCCUGUAGGUCUCAGGCCCCAUGUGCUAACAAAGAUGAAGCUGAUCUCACCUCUAAACAAGCUGCAGAAGAGGUUUGGGCAAGAGUGGCUAUGAAUAGACAACUUCUUGAUCAUAUGGAUUCGUGGACAGCUAAGUUUAGAAAUUGGAUCAAUGAGACAAUAUUAGUGCCACUUGUUCAAGAGAUUGAUUCUGUCAGCACACAGAUGAGACGAAUGGGUUGUCCGGAGCUACAGAUAGGAGAGGCUAGUAUUACUAGCUUGAAACAAGCCGCCCUGGUUAAAGCCCCUCUCAUUCCAACUUUGAACACAAUCGUUCAGUAUCUAGACCUUACACCGAAUCAGGAAUACUUGUUUGAAAGGAUCAAAGAACUUUCUCAGGGCGGUUGUAUGAGUUCAUUUCGAUGGAACAGAGGUGGCGACUUCAAAGGACGAAAAUGGGAUACAGACCUGCCCACGGAUUCUGCUAUCAUUAUGCAUGUAUUUUGCACCUACCUUGAUUCCAGAUUACCUCCACACCCUAAGUAUCCCGACGGGAAAACGUUUACUUCUCAGCACUUUGUUCAGACACCGAAUAAGCCAGAUGUCACGAAUGAGAAUGUUUUUUGCAUUUAUCAGAGUGCCAUCAACCCUCCCCAUUAUGAGCUGAUCUACCAGCGUCACGUAUACAAUCUGCCAAAGGGCAGAAAUAAUAUGUUUCAUACGUUGUUGAUGUUUCUCUACAUCAUAAAAACCAAAGAGUCAGGAAUGCUUGGGAGAGUUAAUCUUGGUCUAUCUGGCGUGAAUGUAUUGUGGAUCUUUGGCGAGUAGCAAGUCAUACAUUUAAUUCCAGGCAUUUGGACUUUUAUUUCACUGAACCAGAAGUUGAAACUAAACAUCUCUGAGUCACUGCCUCUCCUGAAAUAAAAUACGCAUGUCUGUAUGUUACAGUCUUGAAAUUUAAUGAAAAAUGGAGCUAUUAUCAAAUGUCAUUUUAAAAAUAUGUCAUGUAGUUUCUAUAUCAAGAGACGUUACCUUUAAUAUUUUAUCUUUUUCAGGAAUUUCAGUUGACUACAAAACUGCAACCCGUCAGAUAUUUAUUGACUCAAAACAGUGCGAUUCCCCUUAAUGAAAUAGAUUUUUAGUCCUUUUUUCAUUAUAACCCCCAAAUGAGAAUCAUCUACUUGAUUCUUCCACCACAAAAAACAUUUUUCAGUCUUUUUUUUCUCUUUUUCUUUUUUUGAGACAGGGUCUCUGUUGGCCAGACUGGAAUGCAGUGGCACGAUCUCAGCUCACUUCAACUUCUUCCUUCCAGGCUCAAGCGAUUCUCCCGCCUCAGCCUCCCAAGUAGUGGGGAUUACAGGCACACACCACCGCGCCUGGCUAAUUUUUGUAUUUUUAGUAGAGACAGAGUUUUACCAUGUUGACCCAGCUGGUCUUGAACUCCUGACCUCACUCAGGUGAUCCACCCACCUCAGCCUCCCAAAGUGCUGGGAAUAUAGGCGUGAGCCACUGUGCCUGGUCUCAAGUCAUUUUAUUUAAUAGUAUAAGUACUUAGAAAAUAAGAAAAUUGCUGACUUGUUGUUUUUUAUGUUUCCUCAGUGUUCUGCAAGUUAGCCCAAAGCCCAAAUUCCAAGAAAUGAGAUUAACUCUUAAGUAAUGUAAAAAAGUGUAUGUAUAUUUUAAAAUACUAUUAAAAGAGGUUUGACAGUAUUGACAUUUAAAAAGUCAGCACUUGGAUUAAAUGUAGCUGGUAGAAUUAAUUUGGAUUUUAGUUAAGAGUCUGGGGAUAUCAAGAAAACUGUUUAUCACUUUGGUUUUUAGCAAAUCAGUUUCACUAUUCCAUAAUACCAUGUUACUAGAGAGUUCUUUUUUUAAGAUCACAGUGAUAUCCUAUCUGUUUAAAUUUUUUUCAUAUGUUCAAAAUAUCUAGAGGGUGAGAAGUUACCAACUUUGUAUGUUUUGUUUGACUCGCCAUCUUUAUUUUCUGUAUGUGUAUGUCGUAGCUGGCAACUGCAUAUUUUUUUUUGAUUAACCUCUUGGAGACUGCUUCCAUCAUCUAUGUCAACCCGGAAACAGCUGAAGCUAGCCUUUUCUGAAGAACUGUGUAUCAGUAUUAUCUGUACAUCCCAUUUGUCUUACCUUCAGAUUUUGAAUACAGUCAUAUUACUCUGGAA